CUUCCUUUGAGCACUUACUGUAGCACCCGGGUGUUCAGCUUCAUAAAAGCAUUAGACUUAGCUCUGUACGCGCCCGCGCUCAGGAGGACAAAGUAAGGUAUUCUAUUUCAUUGGGAGUCUCUAGGAAUUUAAUGUAGAGCUUCCACUAUAGAAACUCUUCCUGUGUUGGCUCCCGUCAUCCACCCCCAGUCCCAGGGAUUGAACCCCGAUCUUCACAUAUGCUAGGGAAGCUCUCUACUCCUCAGCUACAUUCCCAGCCCUGUUAUUUUCUUUUGAGACAGAGUCUCCAUAAAUUAACUAACCUGGCCUCAGACUUGCCAUCCUCCUGCCACAGCCUCCCAGGUAGCUGAGAUUAUAGAUGUGCACCACUUCAGCUGGCCCGUGUUGACUCUGAAAAUGAAUGGACACACAGAUGAACAACGAGUACGUUCCUGUGCUUUGGGGACUGUCUCUGGGCCCAGCUCGUCCCCAUGUUCCCUGCUUCUCUUUGCUCAUGGGGGAUAUCGCUAUCAGAAUCUGUACAGACACGAUUAGCACCAGUUAGAAAAAUACAGAAUCACUCACUAAGAUGUCACUGGAAUCAUCAAGGGCCUGGACUUGCUCUUCUCCACUGUCUCAUGUUUACACCACAGCUGCUGCAGCUCCAAACAUCUCAUCUCCAAGUAAGGAGAAGCAAAGCAGGAACACAAUAAGUUUCUUUUUUGUGUCUUCAUCCUUUUAUUUAGGAGAACAAUGUUUCCCAAAAAGCUAUUCAGACAGGGCUGCAGUUCAGUGUGCCCCCCCAGUGUGGUACGUUGUGGGGUUCCAUUCUGAGUGAUCAGCACACGCCCACACCAGCUGUUAAAUACUUUGUGCAUUAUCAGCCUUCUUCUGGAAGAUCACUCCUGGAAUCUUGUUGCUGGAACUGUGACUGUUCCCAGCUGUGAGAGCUGCUAGGAAAGUAGUUUUCCUGGUGGCAGGUAGACCAGAAAGUGUGGGAUCAGGAAGGCUGCCACGGUACUCAGUGUAUUGAGUAUUCUGAUGCUUAGUGUUUUUUAAACAUCCAACAAAAAUAAAAAAAGACCAGUGUGAGUUCUAUUGAGUUCAUGUUUGAGCACUUUUAAUGUGCAUUCUUUUAACUUGUGUACAAGAGGAAAUUAUUUUCAGUCUUCAAUUUCUUUUCUCUCAUUCAAGAUAUAGAGAUGCGCUUAUGUAAGAAUAUGUCAGGAUUGUGCAGCAAAACUGUUACUUAGCUUAAAGGACUGUUUUUUUCCUGUGUUUGCAAUGCACUGAAACACUGUUUUAAUCUAUUCAUGACAGAUGUGUGUUGCACUGAUGCACAUGUUAAAAAUCUCUGCCUAACUUUUCUUGUGGAAAGCACAAUUGAAUAUUGUAGGACGUGUGUGUUUAUCUUUCAUUCUUUCUUGGGCUCCUUUGGGAUCUUUGUCUCUUGGUUUUCUCUCAUUCAUGUGUGCGUGCGUGCGUGUGUGUGUGUGUGUGUGUGUGUGUGUGACAGAGAGGGUCUGAGUCAUGUAGUUUUGCGCAGGGUGGGGAUGAGAAGCUAACCUCUCAGUGCUCCAAGUGUGGGAGCUUCCACAAGUCCUGGGAGCUUGUUAGAAAAGCCCUCUCCUCUCAGACCUUCCAAACUGGAAACUGAGUUUAAGAUCCCAAGCACAUUAAGUUUGAGAAGUACUGGGUUAACCCUGGGGAGCACCUCUGUCCACCUUUGGUAGAUCACCUGGCUUGCAAACAUCAGUACUGACUGAUGUUCCAGUAAUCAUUAAGGCCAGAGAAAGAAAGAUGAACAAAGGGGCUGUAAUCCAAAUGUGUUCUCUGCCCAACGGCAAGAUAUACAUGACUUUAAAGUGAAAACAAAUCACAUAAUAUGAUCAGCUCUCACAGCUUCCAAAUAAAGUGAAGGAUUCUGAUAUAAGCAAUGCAGCGGUUAAGAACUACACUUCUUGGAAACUCUCCAGACUUCUUAUAAACUUAGGCUCCCUACCUUCCCUCUGUCCACAACAGACUCAUACACAGCACCAAGUUUUGCCAGAGAUUGCUUGCUGUGAGAAGAGGACCAUCGUAGGGCCAGUCUUCUAACUUCCUAGCCAGCCUAGCCGUUUCCUAGUGAAGAGCCUCAUGUCAGUACGUGACACAACGUAUCCGUUCGUGAUGGUCUGGCUUGCAGAGAUGUUCCAUGAGGUCAAACCCAGCAAGAUCACCAAGGUGGUGUACAUGAUACCUGCCGUGCUGACCCUGCUUGUUGGACUUAACCCUCUUGUCACGGGAAGCUGCAUCUGGAAGACUGUUUCUGCAGCGCACGUCUUAUUCUGCCUGCUGUGGGCUGCCGGCCUGGCCUGCUCCCUCCUGCUGCGUGCACAGCACAACAUCUUACACGAGGAAGAAGGCAGGGAGCUGUCUGGUCUGGUGAUUAUCAUAGCAUGGAUGAGUCUGUGCCACAGUUCUUCAAAGAAUCCAGUUGUUGGAAGAGUUCAGCUUCUUCUUGCCAUUGUAAUAUCUCUUUUCCCAUUUAUUUUAUGGGUCUAUGUGUAUAUAAACAAGGAGAUGCGUUCUUCCUGGCCGACACACUGCAAGACAGUGAUUUAAGUGAAUCCAAGAAGGGUGUGCUCUAAAAAUGAAAAUAUUCUAUUCCCUAUAAACUUUGGCAUAACAGAAGAGUUUUCCAGUUUAAGGUAGUGUGAACAGACAUAAGAGAUUAUCUACAAAUAAGGAAUCUAUAAAAGCUCUUGAGAAUUUUUUAAGACUGCAUACAGUACAUUGUAAGAUUGUACAGAACAAUAAGAAUGGGGUCUGACAUUCUCUGGCUGCCUUUCAUGAAGGACAUUGUGCUAAGUGUAGUCACAAGGUGCAAGAAUGGAACUUAAGAAAUCUGUCUUCUGUUGGGCACAAUGACACAUGCCUGAUAGUUGUUUUCUUAUCUGUAGAAUGAAAUACCAGAUCCUCUACUUAUUUAUACAGCUGUUAAAAUCCAAGUAGACAUGAAAUACUCUGAAAAUAUAAAGUACUGGAAAUUACGAAGUGCUAAACAUAACUAAAAUUGAGAAACAUUGAAAGAGAGGUAGGUCCCAGAGAUGCCUAUAGCCCUAAAUUAAUCUCAUAUACUGUUUUAGAGUCAGGAAUUAAAGACUGUAGUUGAAUGAAAUCAACCAUUGUGUCUUGGAAUAAAAGAUUAUUGAAGGGGGGAUGUUAUGGUUUGUGUCUGGAUGUCCCCCUGAAGCCUCAUGCAAUCAUGAGGGCAGGCUUCUAGAUUUUGUGCUUCAUGGUCCAGUGCUGGGAUUAUGGGUGUGGGUGCCUCGUCCACCAUAGGUGGGUGUGGCCUACGUACAAUAUAUCGGACAGAAAGAGUCUUCUUUCCACUCCUCCCUUUUUGCUCCUGUGGCUUUUGUUGUCUUCUGCUGCCAUCAACUGUUGCCCUCUGACAUGUACCAUUCUGCCUUGGAGCCAGCAGAUUACAGAGUGAAACCUCCACAAACCGUGAGCUAAAUAAACCUCUCCUCCUGUAACUUGGGGCAUCAGGUAUUUUAUCUCAGCAAUGAGAAAAGUAACUAAGAAGGGGGAAAGGACCUUAGGACCAAUCAAGAAGGAAACAGAAUAUUAAUUAAGAAUAAUUAAUUUCAUUAUUCUGAAAAAGGCCAAAAUAUCCACAUUUUUUUAAAAAAAAAUGAAUGUUGUAAGUGACCCUAGAAUACAGAGCUUCUUUUUUUUUUUUUACAUCUUUUUAUCAGUACCGGGGAUCAAACUCAUGACCACCUGCUUGCAAGGCAGGUGCUUAUGCCACUGAGCUAAAUCCCCAGCCAAAAUAGAGAGCAUUUUUUUUUUUUAAUUUUAUUUAAGGAGAAAAGAAAAAAAAAGCAGGGAAAGGGUACAAGUUAUACAGAUAAUAGAGAGCAUUUUUAAAAAGCUGUUCUCUCCAAUAUGACAGCCAAUGGCCACACGCUGUUAUUGAGCAUUUGCAAUGUAGCUAGGGUGACUGGCAAAGUAAAUUUGCAGUGUUUUUGAUUUUUAAAAUGAUAUUCAAUUAUCAGAAAAUAUUUAAGUGUGCCUGGAACAACUUGGGCAUUUGAACCUACGUUUUCAACUGCAAAUUUUGAUAUCUACAUGCAGAUCGUCUUUGCAACAAUUUACUGUUCAAAUGAGUGGGCUGUUAAGUAUAAAAUACACACCAGAUUUUAAAGAAAUUGUACAAAAAGAAUGUAAAAUAUUUUAUAUUGAUCUCAUGUUGAAAAGAUUUAAAUAUAUAUUGAAUAAAAUACUAUUAAAACUA